CACUAAACCUUGGCAUCUCAAUAAUCGACGAACUGAUACUAUCAAUCACUCUCGAGCCCCCUCAAUCCAUUCCAGAAACCCGUUGCUACUGUGUUUCUGCACUUGUUGUUCUGAUUCUGAUUACUCCUACGCGAUCGAACACGUCGCCAUUGAUCCAGUCCUGUGCAGCGAUUGGUAGGAAAAUAAACGGAAGCAGUUGAUUAAAUUCGCGAAACUCGAUACCUAGCUUCAGCUGAUUCAAAUCCGCCACUCGUCCUUGUCGGACCUGUUUCUUUCUUUCUGCAAGCAAGGGGAAGAUGGCAGACCUGCCUCAUCAUUUGAGAUCUUGCUUCCAGUCUGGGAAACUUGCCUUAUUAGCAGUUCUUGUCUCAGGAGGGAUUGUGCUACAAAUACUGGCUUGUGCUUUAUACAAUAAUUGGUGGCCAAUGUUAACAGUUUUAAUGUAUGUACUUCUACCGAUGCCUUUACUCUUCUUUGCUGGGUCCAAUGCCUCUUCCCUUUAUACAGAAUCAAGCAGUGGUUGGAUAGAUGCUACUAAGUUUAUGACUGGUGCUUCAAUAGUUGGUAGCAUUGCCAUACCAGUUAUUCUCAAGCAUGCUGGUGUAAUUGGUUGGGGAGCAUUAGCAAUGGAGCUUUCAUCCUUUUUCAUAUUUGGUAUGGCCAUUUUGUGUUUUCUUGGGACGAGCGACAAUGAUGCGUACAGUAUGUUGUAAACUAAAGACCAGAAGCCACGUCCUUGAUUUUCUUGUUAUGAUACAUGGCCGUGCUAGUAGUUCUGGUUUGUUUUCCAUGUCUUCUUGUGCUUCACCAUGCCUGCUCUGUAAAUACAUAAACAAUUCGUUUUGCAAUCAAAGUUUCUCGAUGUGAUUAUGAAUA